UCGGACGCUUGGAGAGUUGUGAGAAUCGAUUCUAGGCAUAUUCGCUGAACCUUCUUCUCGUUCUACAGCUACUCCACGCGCGUGUUCGUAGUGUAGUGUGCUCGCUGUUAAUUUUGUUUGAAAUCUGUAAUGUGAUUUUUGUAGGUUAUAAUCACACAUUCGAUUUCGGAGUUAUUUUGUUAAACGUUGCCGAGCUAGACAAGUAUUAAGAUUAUAUCCCUAGUUAAAUUGACGAGUUGCAUUUAAUUGUUUACGAUGGCUGUAAGAGUACAAUUUGAAAAUAAUAACGAGAUUGGCGUUUUCUCCAAACUCACGAAUUCAUACUGUCUUGUUGCUAUUGGUGGUUCUGAAAACUUCUACAGUGUAUUUGAAGCAGAAUUAGCUGAAACAAUACCUGUUAUUCACACAAGCGUUGCUGGAUGCCGUAUUAUUGGACGGCUGUGUGUAGGUAACAAAAAUGGUCUCUUAAUACCAAAUACAGCCACAGACACCGAAUUGCAACAGAUAAGGAAUUCUCUACCAGACAACGUUAAAGUUCAAAGAGUUGAAGAAAGACUAUCUGCAUUAGGAAAUGUCAUUGCUUGCAAUGAUUAUGUGGCAUUAGUUCAUCCAGAUUUGGACAGAGAAACGGAAGAAAUUUUAGCAGAUACGCUAAAUGUUGAAGUAUUUAGGCAAACUGUGGCCAGUAAUGUUUUAGUUGGUUCUUAUUCGGUAUUGUCUAACCAAGGAGGUCUUGUCCAUCCCAAAACUUCAAUACAAGAUCAGGAUGAACUUUCUUCACUUUUACAAGUUCCACUUGUAGCUGGUACCAUUAAUAGAGGAAGUGAAGUCAUUGCCGCAGGAAUGGUAGUAAACGAUUGGAUUUCAUUUUGUGGAAUGGAUACUACAUCAACAGAAAUAUCUGUAAUUGAAAAUGUAUUUAAAUUAAAUGAAUCAUCAGCAUCUGCGAUAACAUCAGUGAUGCGAGCCUCCCUUAUCGAAAGUAUGUCGUGACCAGCUUAUAACAUCCAUAUACCAAUGAUCAUACCUAUGGUAAUCAAAGAUACUGUCAAAUAUCGAAUCCACAAAUUAAUUGAACUCUAUAAUAUGUUUUACAAUUAAAAGAACAAUUAUUUUUUUUAUUGUAAUAUAACUACCAAAAAUAAAAAUCUAUAAGGAGAGAA